CAGCCCACUGAAUGUGUGCAGUAGUGUUGAUGAUAUAAUGAUGUCACAGAUUUUGAAAUCGCUUUCCAAAGCUUCGUGGAAGUUUUACAGUUAUAAAAUAUCCAUGGAUAACAAAUAUAUUUUAGAAAGAGUCAUAAAUUACCUUGUUUGCAAUUGUUUGCUCGGCAUUGCAGCCAAUUUUUUCCCAGUGGCCACUUAUGGUAUUGUGGCGAAAAAAAUCUCCUGUUGCCCGAAAAGCGUGUUCCCCGUAGACCACCUCUGUAAAAGAGACAUCUGUAAAACUGUUUACGGGACACCUCAAACUGCAAACAAGGUCAGUCAUGAACCUUUCUAUUCUGAAUUUUUGAGCCAGAGGUUUAAUAUUUAUAAAACAACCUCAAGCCAAGAAAAGCGAUUUUAAAAACAUGAUGUCAUCACUACAUGAAGUCUGUAAGCUACGUGUGAACGCACAGGUGGGGCCAGCAGGAAAAAAAAAACUAUUGCACAAAUUCGUGGGUCAUUGUGAGGAUGGACAGCUUCAGAGUGCACCCUGAGAUAUAAAUGUCAGCGAAAUGUGGAGUGAUGUGGUUCACCGGGCGGUCAGCGACGGUCCCGUGACCGGCGACCCGAGGACAGUGCGCAACCUGACGGCCGUGGAGAAGAGCUGCCAGGUGGCUCCUUAUUUCGGCACAGUCCAGAAAGACGUGCAGCCAUACAUGCGGAGGAUACUGGCAGUGUGGAUGUUUCAGGUGUGUGAGGAGCAGAAGUGUGAGGAGGAGGUGUUUCCGCUGGCGGUGCAUUACCUGGACUGUUACCUGAGCCGUCACCCUAUUGAAAAGUCCCACCUGCAGCUUUUGGGAUGUGUUUGUAUGUUCCUGGCCUCCAAAAUGAGAGAGACUGUGCCCCUGACUCCUAUCAAGCUGUGUAUCUACACAGACAACUCCAUCUCAGUGUCAGACCUCCUGCAGUGGGAGGUAGCAGUGGUGUCCAGGUUAGACUGGUGUCUGGCGUCUGUGGUACCCUCUGACUUCCUGGAGCCAAUUCUUCACACUCUCCCCUUUCUUCAGCCCCACCACUUUCCAAACAUGCGCAGGCAUGUUCACUCCUACAUCGCUCUGGCAGCCACUGACUGCAGGUUUUCAGUGUUCUUGCCCUCCACUGUUGUGUGUGCCUGUGUGAGCCUCGCCAUGCAGAGGCUAAAGUUAGUGGAUGCUGCCGUCUCCUCUGAUUUGGUGAUGACGUUUUUGGCUAACCUUUUGGUCAUUGAUCUGAGCUCCGUCCACCUCUGCUUUGAGCAGCUAGAGAAUGAGCUGGAGCUCAGCCUGCCCUCUUGUUUCAAGACUAAUGUUUGCACAUCAGGAGCACACGGCUCAGAGAUCAGCUACACCCCUGCUGACUUUCAGGAUGCUGUAUUGACACCAGUGACAUCACCCCUGGAAGUUAAGCUAAAAUACUCCUCCCUGACGUGAAUGGCUAGAAUGAACUGUAUAUUUACAGCCAUGGUGCAGAACAGGAUGGCUAUAUACCAGGUGAAAUGUGUCUAAAUGCCAGUUCAUCUUGUUCUUUGCAGGUUUAUUGUUUCGGUGAUCACUCUGCAGCGUGUAGAGCUGUUACAGUUUGAGAUUUUGUUUGUUGUUUGUAGAAUAUGAUUCAUAACUCAUUAAAUGUUUUUGUGAUAUUGACUGACUUCAACUGAGCCCUGAACAGCAAUGUUUGCACAUUUUAAAUGGAGUAUCUUCUAUAUAAGGCCAGGGUUAUAAAUGUGCACACAUAUAUUUGGCAUUUAUCUGGAUUCAUUGAAGAUUUAUAUCUGGACAGUUAUGAUAAGUUUGAACAGAUGUCUCUGCAUAGUUAUAACACUACUAAAUUCCCUUGUGACAAUAAAUCAGCACUAUUAAACAACAUAAAAGGAGACAUAAAACAUGUGUAUGUAGGACACUGAUGACAUUAGCCAGCACUUGAGUUCUGUUUUUUAUUGAUUUCCUCAUCCUGGUCAUAACAGCAUGGCAGAUCACACAGUCAUAUAAAUGAUAAGCCCAGUAACUUUGGCAAACGUUUUUGUUGCUGUUAAAGAAAAGUACAAUAACAGAGCCUGCAUAUGUGCAACCUCUGGGACACGAAGGGCAAAAAAACAGUGAUGAAAUGCCUAAAUGCACUUUUUAGCGUACAAAAAAAAAAAAUGAAAUAUAACAUUUCAGACCUGUCAUCAUCUGUCACACUGACAGAUUAGAAAUGACAAAAACUUCCAGUUGAA